CGGUUGUGCUAAUUUGACAUUGACGUUCAUGUCUUUUCGUGUUGUGGUGGUAUAGUUCGCGGACGUUGUGCCGAUCUAAGUUUACCAAAAUGUCGUUGGUAAUUCCGGACAAAUUUCAGCAUAUCUUGCGUAUUAUGAAUACCAAUAUCGAUGGCAAACGUAAAGUUAUGUUUGCCAUGACUGCCAUCAAGGGGGUUGGUCGCAGAUACUCAAACAUUGUACUGAAAAAAGCCGACAUUGAUCUGGACAAACGUGCUGGAGAAUGCACCGAAGAAGAGGUUGAAAAGAUUAUCACCAUUAUGUCCAACCCAAGACAGUACAAAAUUCCAGACUGGUUCUUGAACAGGCAAAAGGACAUUGUAGAUGGCAAAUACAGCCAGUUGACCUCCUCUAAUUUGGACUCAAAGUUGCGUGAGGACUUGGAAAGGUUGAAGAAGAUUCGUGCCCACAGAGGUAUGAGGCACUACUGGGGCCUCCGCGUGCGUGGUCAGCACACUAAGACCACCGGCAGGAGGGGAAGAACUGUUGGUGUGUCUAAGAAGAAGUAAUUUGUAUUAAAUAAAAGAUUCUUUGAAUCCA